CACACACACACGACAACAAACAACAACCAAGAAAACCAACAACAAGCAAGAACAGCACCCAUCACCACCACACCACCGCGAUGUUCUCCUCCUCGGUGCUGGCGCAGAGGAUUGAGGCCUGCGAUUGCAGCGCAAUCCAUCCAUGGUCACCGGACAGCUGCGUCGUGGGAACGGCGCACAUCUUUCGCAGCGCCCUGCGCAACUCCGCACCCAUGUACAUGUCCCUCCACGCGCUGGCGGCGCUGCUGAAGAUGGACUACCGCGCCAUCGCCGCCCAGAGCGAGGACAUUGGGCGCCGUCGUGAUUCCGCAAGACGAGAAAGGGCCAGUGUGCAAGAAAUGAGCGGUGCCGACGAAGGGCGACUUGAGGAAGAAGCAGUGGGAACGGCAACACCUGGAAUGGCAGCAACAACAGCAGCAGCAACAACAACUGCAGCAGCAGCAGCAACAACUGCAACUGCAACAGCAACAACAACAGCAACAGCAACAGCAACAACAACAGCAGCGGCAUCAGUAGUGCCAACAGCAGACGAGGAUGGCAGAGGGGCGCGGCUGCGUCGCCUCCUGCGCGCCCUGGCACGCGCACUGCGUAAGGCCUUGUUACAGGUGGCCGUGAACACUGCACACUCGUCGCUUUUCCUCUCUGGCUUGGCAGCAUCCAUUAUCGCCAGCGUGUGCGCGCUUCGGCGCAUCUUCGGCACGCUGUACGUGUGCAACUUUGGGGCGCUCCCAGGCCUGCUUGCCUCGUGGUCACUGGUACUGGAGAAGCGCAGCCGCCGCCACGACUUGGCCGUGUACGUGGCCAACAUCACCGUGCGCGUGCUGUUUCGCAAGCUGCAGCAGGAAGGCGUGGUGCACGCCAUCCCAGAUGGGGAGCGGCUCGUGGCGUUUGUAUCCCUCUUCACGCUGCUCACCGCCCAGCGACAACACUGGUCCCACCAAGGCAAGCUCAUGAAGACCAUCCUCCAGGUUGUGGCGAGCGACGACGAGGCUUCCGAGGUUGCUGGCGGUGGCGACGGGGUGGCAAGGACGGCUGACGGUGGCGACGAAACAGUGACGAACGCGAUUGACGGAACAGUGACAAGCAGGGUUGAUGAAAGUGAAGCAGGGAUGGUCGUGGGAGCAGUCACCACCAGUGGUGACGGUGAAGAAGACAGUGGUGCGCAGCUGCAGCCACAGCAUACCAGUGCAUGGCAGAAGUUGUAUCGAGCAAUGACAAAGAAGGUCGCGCUACAGGCGUGGGUACAGCGACUGCUUGAGUUCCGACGGCCUCGAGACAGCCUGUGCACGCACAGGACCACGUGUGCUGCCUCCAUAACAAAUGGCGUGUGUCACGGCUUAAGGCUUGGUGCAGGUGCACUCCUUGCUACCGUUGCCGCGAAACUGCUGCUUGGCAAGAACCUUCACCUGUCACCACGCCUCGUUGUUGUCCUGGUCACCACAACCCCGCUCCUACGCGCCCUUCGCUGCGCUCUCAGACACAAACACCGACGCUCCGCCCCCGCCCUUCAAUCUGCUGUCGUGUCUGCGUGGAUGGCGGCCGUCUUCAACACGGGGCUUGCCCACUACAUCAUGGGCCGCGCAGCAGAGGCGUUCCUGGCGUCGCACAUCACAGUCUCUCAUUACGUCCCGACUCAAGUCAUCGAUGCUGCCUUGUUCGCCCUCUCUGCGAUGGUGAUUGUGCACUUUGCGGUCGCCGAACCAACAUGCCUGCCCACAUCAUACUUUCGCUUCCUCGAUCGCAUGACAUCAGGUGCACGGAGUUGA